UCCUUCCGGUCCUCCGGAUUAUGAAUGACGUUGGGCGGGGGACUUCCAGACACAUUGCCUCUUCUUUAUUUUCGCCCCUUUCCCCAGCUCAGGUCCUUGCAGGAGGCGAGUGCACCUCCUCAGGCCGCGGCUUCCAGAAGUAGCCUCGGAAUCCUGGCUCGAGCUGGGCGGGAAGGCGCGGUGGCCCGCGUCGCCCGCAUGCUCCCGCGCCCUCCCUGCCUGGCCGCGCCCCUGCGACCAGGUGACCCAAUGACAACAGAAAAUGAAAGGCAUUAAGAAAAGCCCUACAGAAGAAUCUCUGUACCUGGAGUACUCUCACCAAACAGAAGGGUGCAUCUUUCCUCUCCACACAUCUGUAACUUUGUUUUUAUUAUCAUACUGUGAAUGCAAGGUCUUUAACGUUUGCUUAGUUCUUCCGGAAGAAAGUACAGACACUUCACUCCUGAAAGAGGCACUGCCCCAGGAUGUAGAAGUACAGGUCAUUUCAAAGCAGGCGCUCCCUCCGAUAGUCCAGAAUUGUUGCUUGCCUGCCGUGGUAGAUCAACCUGAUGUUUUUUGUAGAGCAGGACUUGCUGUUGUCCUAAGACACAUAAUCCAAAAAUCCUAUGAAGCUGAGCCCUCAAGAAAAGAAAUUUUGGAACUUCUGGGUUUUAAAAAGACUUGCUUGAAAGCCUGUGCUGAGGUUAGUCAGUGGACCAGGCUAUGUGAACUCACCAUUCCUUUGGCUGUUGAGAAUUUUCUCCAAGAGUCCUCUGACCAGCCCCCACCUAUCCCUGAAGAGAUCCUAGAGCUCGAGAGGAAGCUCAGCGAGCCUGUCAGAGUACACAAUGAUGACAAACUCCGGAGACAGAAGCUGAAGCAGCAGAAGGCUGCUGGCAGUGGGCCUCCCUCUCGGAAGGGGAUAGUGAAGAGCAAGGCGAGUGCACAGAAGACACCCAAAGACUUGGCUGCUUCCUCCAAGAGUCUAGAACUGAAGGUGGCGUUCUCAAAGCUCACAGUGCAAGAGGAUGCAGCUGCUCCCAAUAGGGAGCCUUCCCACAUCAGGAAAGCAAAACCUUCUGACCUGCCGCCUCUGGAGCACGUGUUUGCAGAAGGACUAUACUUCACUUUGGCAGACAUCGUGCUUUUGCCCUGUAUUCACCACUUUUUGGUAAUUAUCUGCAAGAAAUUUUCAGAGAAGCUGGAACAGUUUCCACUACUAACCUCUUGGUAUCAGAGGAUUCAGGAAGUGCCAAAAGUCAAAACAGCAGCUUCUAAGUGUGGGAUCUACUUUCUGUAUUUACCAGAAUUGCUGAACUCUGCAAGUAAACCGCCUGUGAAGUCUAAUGAAGUCGCAGCUGUAGAUGAGCAGAAUGAUCCUUUAUUUAUAGGAGGACCAAGACCGACUAUGACCAAGUUAAUGGAAAAAGGCAUUGAAGCAAUGUUUUCUCCACACCCUUGUCCUGCUUGGACCCUUGACUGGAGCAGCCUUCCUGCUGCCGUCAGCCCGAAGGAAGGUAAAAUGUCCACUGACCGAGCUUUGAGGAAGCAGCAACAGUUAAACAACCUUGUCUAUCUGGUGCUAAAUCAAGCCAAACCUGGAGACAGAAUUGUGGAUUUCUGCAGUGGCGGGGGCCAUGUUGGAAUUGUUCUUGCCCAUAUGCUGCCCUCGUGCCAGGUUACAUUAAUAGAGAACAAGGAAUUAUCAUUAAUCCGUGCUAAGAAGAGAAGUGACGAACUUGGGCUAAGCAAUAUUUGGUUCAUUCAAGCAAAUAUGGAGUAUUUUACAGGAAUGUUUAACAUUGGGGUGGCCUUGCACGCUUGUGGAGUGGCAACAGACAUGGUGAUCGAGCACUGCAUCCAAACACGGGCUUCCUUCAUCACAUGCCCCUGCUGUUACGGGUUCAUUCAGAACACAUCGAAGUUUCAUUUCCCAAAAAGUGAAAAAUUCAAGAAAACUUUAUCAUACAAGGAACACAUGGUCCUCUGCAGAUUUGCAGAUCAGACAGCUGUCCAGCUUCCACCCCAGCGGAAACUCAUAGGGAAGCAGUGUAUGUGCCUGGUGGAUCUAGACCGAGCAACAGCAGCAGAAGAACAAGGCUACUCUGUUCAAGUGAUUUCUAUGGAGCCAGAGAGCUGCUCUCCCAAAAAUAACAUGAUUGUGGGUGUCCCCGUGUAGAACACUUGAUGCUUUGCCAUUGUCCUCAUCAGGAAAGCCCAGGGAAGUGCGUCCAGGGAGUUGGUGUGUUCUCAGAAGCAGCAGUGAGCAUCCUGAGCCUUUUGAAAAAGCUCCAGGAAGAUCUUGGAAGAGGGGUGCUCUGGCUGUGUGCGCAGGAUGACUGACUUCCUGGAGGGAAUCCCCUGCAGCCUUAGCGGCCAAAGGAACCAUUCUCAGUGGCCCAGUUUCCCUCAGCAGAACCAUUUCCUCACCUUUUCCUGAUCAUGUCAGUGGGAUGCUCAACCCAGGCUAUGCCUUCACAGCCUUCACUUUCUAAUCAAUCUUUAGAUGUUCAGACUUGGUGAUCAGAACUAAACUCAAGGUGGUUGUGGUUUUUAUAGUUUUAGCAAUGUAUCUUUUCUAUAGAUCUUUUAAAUCUAGGAUGGUAAAUUUGAUGUGAUUUUUCUUUUUUAAAUCUGAGAUGGGUUGAAUUUGCAUAUCAUUUACUAUCCUCCUUUUAAAUAUAUGUCCCAUAAACUAACAAAUAAAUUUACUGCUGAUUUGAAGACUUCACAUGAAAAUUUAUAAGCCAAUUGCUCUAAAUUCUACAUUCUAAAAGUAGAAUUUAGAUUUAACUGAACAGUAACUUUAUGUUUUGUUUAGUUAUAAUAUAUAACUAACAAAUGCUAGGGUCUACUGUUCUCAAAAUCCUGGCGUGCCUUUCUCUGAAAAUACAAGAAUGAAUUACAUAAGGUACAUUGUGUUGCCUACUAAAGAGCUUCUAGAUCUAAGAGAAAAACUGGGGGAAAAAAAAAGAAAAGAAAAAACAGUUCCGUUCUAUAAUCAUGCCAUCACGUAUAGCCUUAUAUUUGGGUGUGAGGUGAGCAGACUCUGAAAGCUCAUCUGGACAGUGCUGCCUGCCUACAUUUUCUUUCCAGCAGGCAGCUUUUUAAAUUACAGAUACGGACAACUAUCUCCUGUGUGCUGCUAACUGUAUUAUACAGUAUUAGUAUUACGAUUAUUUGUUUUAUCUUGAUGUUUUCAUAUCUAAAGAAAAAAUCUUAAGGACUUUAUUUAGCUGCCACUAUGCUUUAAAAUACAUGAAUAAUUUAUAAGGCAACAUGAAUCAGAGAGAACUUUGUCGUUUUAUGAGCUGAUUUAAGAUGAGAAAUGGUUGUGAGGCCCACGUAUUUUAUCCAUUGGUACUGUUAGCUACAUCCUGCUCCGCCUCUUUUUAAAUUGAGAUAUGCUUUGAUACAAUAUAAUACAUAGAUUUUUAUUCCUGUUUUAUUUAACUUAAAAAACUUUUCAUACAAU